AUUUUGACGGCGCGCUAUUCUUCAAAUACUAAGUGAUGUGAUGCGACGAACGGGAGCAAUGGGCGGUGAAGCAGGGAACAAGAAAUUUCUUGUUGUGAAGUUUCCUGAUGAAGAAGAAAGCAUCGCCACAGUCCACAUUAAUUGGAUGGCAGAGGGAAAAUGUCUUUGGCCAAACGAGAAAGAUCCGUCAAGGCUGCGUCAGAUGGUAAUAAAUGGCGCAACACCACAACAGAGCUGGGCUAAGCACAACUGUAUUGUGCUUUCGUCAUUCGAUACAUAUGGAGAAGCACAGCAGAAACUAAACAAGGCUCAAGAGACAUCUGACCUUUCAAGCGAUAUAGAGCUGGGUCGUGGCAAAAGAAGAAAGCGGAGGACUGCCAAAAGUAUCAAUGAGGCUUACGGGGAGAUGCCUUAUGAUGAGGACAGGGAAACAGAUUCAGAGUGCAACAGCUAUGUACCUCCAAGACCACCUACACCCCCAACGUACAUGGAUUUGUCUGGCUCUGGAACCACAAACCUCGGAACCAUACCAGUUGACGCAGGGCCACCCACCGCUGUACAGGCAUCACAAGUGACAAGAAGUCACGUCGAGCACGCUCUAAGUGAAGCUAGGCAGAGAGCCCGCAGCUGGAGAGAGCCCCCACGUAGCUACACUAAUACAGCCAUGCGGGGGGCAGGCGCCGCAUCUUGGGAUACCUUUCCUGUGUACAGUGAAGGGAACUUUGGCUACCCUCAGUCGCUGCAUCCUGAUUCUGAAAUAACACAGCCAACUUGCAGCACAGCAAGCUUCACUGGGAGAAUGCACCAACACCUGCAACACACCAGCACUAGCCCAAUGCCUACAAAUAGCUGUACGUCGGCACACCAUACACAGGGAGACAGUUAUAUUCCACCCCAGCAGAACAGAGGUGACACAAGAAUUACAGAAGGUCUACUGAACGCACCUUUUCCGUCGCAGAACAGGCGUGACGUCGCGUUCGAGAAAGAGGUGCUGAAGGUCCUGCACAUGCUUAAGGUGACACAACAAGCUCAAAGUGAGCAGCUCUCUGCAAUACUCCACAGCUUAAGCUCUGCAGCUGAAGAAGCAGAAUCACAAAGGGCUCUGCCCAUGCCAUUCAGAAGGCUCUCAGAUUUUUUGCAGUUUGAGGAGGACCUGGCAGACAGCGACACAAAGCGAAGCCAGUUGAGAAAGUUCAUCCGAUCUGUUGGAGGUGGCAACCCACGAGAGCUGACAUUCCGGUUCCUAUCACGCCUCUUGGGAUACAGUGUUGGGAAAGAGUACAGCUUGUUCGGAAAUAAAGGAAAGAGGAAGUUCAGCAAUCUUACCACAUGGACUAUCAUGCUCAACUAUAUGACAGAAACUAAGGGAGCUACAGUGAAAGAGGUCGAGCAAGCUACGAUGUCCUGGCUCCGACAUGCGCCGGAGGCUUGUCACCGUGAAGAGCAGAAGGCUGCAAUGGAACAGGACUGACUCACCGUGCUAUGCAGAAGUACACCAUAAGUAAGCAGGCAAGAACGACAGUCUUCUGUCGACAUGACAUGUCUGGGACAUGAUCAUUUACAGAGUUCACAGGAACUGCUCAGUGUAUUUUUAAGACUACUGUCAUUACUCAGCUUCUCUUUUCUCCAAAAUUUUUGCUAAACAUUUAAAGCACAACUCCCCUCCUCACCGUUGAUUUUUGUAAAAAUGAAUUAAACUUUUGUGAAAUUUUGAUACUAACAACAUGGCAGGA